AUGACAACAAUCCCCGCCCCCCUCCCCCCCACAACAAUCCUCACCAGCAAACCCAUCCCGCAAUCAACCGCGCACGACUUCCUCGCCGCCUACCUCGACCGCGCCAACACGGACCCAGCACUGCAACCCAACGCCGGCAUCAGCGAGCACGGCCCCGUCUCGCGCACGACGGCCGCCGCGCCCAACCUCAUGCUGCACAAUCUCAAGCGCGUGCAGGCCGGUCUUGCGGGUGAGGUGCUGGGGAGGGAUCUUGCGCUUGCGAACUUGAGCGCUGAGGGCGGUGCGGCGCAGACGAACGGCGGGGCGGAAUGGGAGGAUGCGAAGGAGUUUGAGGUCAAGGAGCAGCCGGAUGUGGUGCAGUAUGAGGAUGAGGGUGAAGGGGUGCCGAUGGAGGUUGAUGGUGAUGGGGAGGGUGGAGUAGAUAAGGAGGAGAGGAAGAGGAAGAAGAAGGAGAGGAGGUUGGCGGAGAAGAAGGCCAAGAUGAAUAAGAAUAAGGAUUAA